GCUGUUUGAUUUGUAUGGCAGUGCUCAGCCAGGUACAUGACGAGGAAGAAGACGGCAUGGGGAAUGGAGAUGAACCGGUAAAUAACAAGUGCAUGUCAGUGGAGCAGGUUAGAUCAGGAGUUUCAGUCCAGCUCUCUUCUGACAGGGAACAGCCUCCUCAUGGCGGACUUCACCGAGAACAGCGGCCGACAAGCCGAGCGACACGACGGGACCAACGGCAGAGCUGUCCCCGGUGAGUCUGCGUCCCCUCGGGGGCUCCGGUCCUCAAACCACCGCCAGAGGAAAAAGCUCGUCCUCCACAUGGACGUGAACAACACCGUGGUGGUGUCCGACACUGUGACGGGUCAGGGCACCGUGGCUGCUCUGGACGGCUUCCUCACCACCUCCACCUGGGGAAAGAUGACCAGACACGGAAAAUGGGAAUGGCUCAGUGACUCGCCCUCCCUGCUCCCACCAUGCAAAGAUGCAGUUCGUUACUCCGUUCAGUUUGGACGGAUUCCUGGUUUCACCUCUGGUGCGGGACGACGUUUCCGUGGAGUUCUCGAUGAACACCUGGAUCAGCUGCGCUGGCCCGAGGGUGUCGAAGAAGACAGCGAGCUGUCUGUAAAAGGAGAGGACGGACGACUGUACCACUGGAUCCUACCGUCCUUCUUCCAGCUGCUCAAAGACCUGGUGCAGGAGGGAUGGGAAUUUGCCAUCCUGUUUCGUACGUUUGGAACAGACCUACCUCGUGUGCUGAGAGCUGUGCACAGAGCACUGAAUGAAGGGGCUCAUCCACUGUUCCCUGAUCUGCCUGAUCUGAAGAUAAAUGUGAAUAUGACUCCAGGAAAGAUCCGCUGUAGCAAGAAGGGAAUCGUCCUGAGUCGAGCUGAGGACCGCGUGUCGUCUCGAGACGGAGAGAGGGGCCUGUAUCAGUAUUUCAGCUCAGUCCAGGGCCUGGGAGGCUUUCAAGACCACUUUGACUGGUGGGCCAGUAAUACCUUCUCCAUCCGUGGGGGGAAGCCUCUGUGGGUCGACCCAUUUGACCAGAGCGUUCAGCACAUUUUCAUAGACGACAACAUGCGACAGGAUGACGAGGACACCAUCGUUCAGCCCAGGAUCUUCCUAGACCCAGGUGGCAAUGACACUCGUGUAGCCUGCACCUCUGAGCUGUACGACAUCACCUUGGUCCAGAACGACCUCCUCCGGGCCAUUUCUGACCUCAACUAUUUCACUGAGCGUGUCAACAUCUGCCUGGAAAACUAUGAGAGGAAUCUCCAGCAGGGGGCAGGCUAGGGUACACUUUGUCUCUGUGACAAACUCCAGUUUCGGGUAAAAUAACCAAGGUACUACACCAUCCCAGCACAGACUGAGGAUGGAGACACAGUUUACUGUAGGCAGGACUAUUUAAACGCACAGUUUAGAGACCGAAACACAAAAGUAGGAAGAUUAUAUCUAGAAGGUUACAUGAAUCAGAGUUUUACCAAGGAGGGAUUAAUGUUAUGUUAAGAUCAGAGCUUGAAAAGAAUGCACAUUGAGCUAAGACGUGUCAGCCAGAUAAGUGUGAUUUUAAUAGCACACAUACUUCAUUUACUCCGGGACGGCAGAAAGAUGUCAGCUCAUAAAAGGAGCACUUCAGUUUGACCAUGUCCACUGUGCUGGGCUGAACCUCAGCAAAUAGAGGUCUGGACUUCAUGUAGCACUGAAGUGGCCAGAGCAGUUUAAUAUGCAACAAAGGCUCUGAGCUGGCCAGCGUCCCUGGUGUCAGUAAUACUCAGAAGUGUUGCAGUAGUUGUUUGUAGAGUAUUUAUUAUACUCAGAGUGUGACUCUGUUUAGAUUUUAUCUGUCAGCGCCUUCAUUGUUUACAUCCGCUCAGAACUGAGAAUUGAUACUAGUAUGUUUCCAUAUGACUGAAGAAAACGUGAUCACUGGGUGUGACUGUGCAGGCUCAGGGCGACACCUCAUAAUGACACUCUGACCUCGAUACCAUCGGGUGUGACUAAGAAUCGCAAACCACACCAUGUGACAUUAAUAAGAGUACACACCAUCUGUACAUGUGGUUCAGAGGACUCAGUAUCUCUGAUGCAUUUCUUCUGAGCAGUUUGAUCAGAGGAAGUAAUGUGUUGUUGAAGGUCUGACUCAUAAUUAGUGUUUGAACCGACUUAUUUACUGCAGUUUUUAUUCAUUUACAAUAUUAGCAAUAUUGGAUUGUGUGUGAAGGUGAUGGUAAUUUUUGCGAGAAUAUAUAUAUUUAUAUUUGGAUGUAUUUAUUUCCAAGCUUUCAGGGAGGUUUUAAUUGCUUUGUGUUCCUCAGGUCAGAGACAUGAAUGCAAACUAUUGAUAAUAUAAAGAAAUGUAAUCAAAGCACCAUUAAAAAUAGUGGAGUGGUGAUACAAGGCUUUUCUCAGUAUGUAUAUAUGUUUCUUGUGUGUGUGUGUGUGUGUACAGCACUCUGUAGCAGGCAGUGGACAGUGGGCCUUCCCUCUGUGGACCGGGUUGAGCAUGUCUUCCUUUACGUCCUCAGAUAAACUACAGCAGUACUCAGCAAAUUGGUCAAAAUAUAUAUAUAAUUUGAUUAUUUCACCACAUCAGACUGAGACACAGACACCGAACACAGGUGCGGAUGUCCGUCAACUUUCUUAGAGUCACCUCCUGUUUGGCAAUUUAUCUUCAAAGUAAAAGCACAAUGUUCCUGCUGCAAUGCUUUACAUUGAGCUGAAUCGCAGAGCUUUUAUUUUGAACAGUUGUGAACUUGGGUUGUGUCGAUGACUUAACGUACCUCUGAAAUAGCGACAUGCAAAGAAUGAAGCAUUGACAGCAGUUCAGUAAACCUGCAGUCACACAAGGCUAAAUGAUUGAAUCCUCUGUCUGCUUGGUAAAAGCAGUGGAACUAAUAAUAAGAUAAUAUGAGCUUGUGGUGUAGAGAUCUGCACUUUGUAUUGUAGAGUUUAUUUUGGUUCUGAAAACACUGUGAUUCACAAUCAAACCUCAUGAUCAUCAAGUGUGAUGCUUCUCUACCUUAGAAUGUACAUCACAUCGAUUUUUAUUUAUUUUUACUUUUAUGUUGAAUAUUAACAUGUGCUGUUAAAUAAACCUUUGAAGUUUUGUGUUAAUUGAAA